AUGAUUGCAUUUUUUGAAUAAACAUUAAACAUGAAAUCAAAGGUACUUAUAUUGUAUUUAUGAUUAGUUGAUUGUUAUGAAGAGAUAAUUGGAUCUUUUGCUCCUUAAAAAACAUAUAAAAAUAUUGGACAUGGAAUUUUAAUUGAGAUUUAUUACAAGAAGCAAGGGAAAUUGUUUAUAUGUAAUUUGA